AUGCGUUGCUCUCUAGUCGACCUAUCCGAUGAACUUCAUCUUAACAUCAUCCAAGAGCUUCUCAAGCAUGACGACUUCCUCCACGAGGAGUCGUUGAAGCCGGAUCCCAAAAGGUUCAACCAAGACUGGGACGACGACUUCCAGUACCAUCGCGAUCUGAUGAGUUGGAGCUCCACGUCGCUGUACUUUCGAAAUCUGCUUGCCCCGUACAUCUUCAAGAGUAUCAAGCUGCGCAAUGAUGUGAAGAGCGGCGCUUCCGUGGACGCCGUUCUGAAAAGUCCACAUGGUGCUCUCGUGAAGGGAAUUUACUUUCUCGGCACUAUUCCACCGGACAUAGAUGACCUAGACGACGAUGAGGACGAUGAUCCUUUGGCCGAGGGAUCCUAUAAAGAAUCCGACGAUGCCGAAGGAGAGGAAAGGCCAAUCAUUAUCACAUUCCCCCCUGUCGUCAAUGACCUCCUAUCAGAUCUGCAUCAAUUCCCCAAUCUCGAGUCUCUAAGCAUAGGCUUCACCUAUCCCAACGACGACCCCUUCGACGAAUACUACGAGACCGAGGGAAUCAUGGUCAACGAAAACCCCACGGCAGCGCGCGCCCGGAAGGCGCUGAUGACGACAACGUACGAGACGCUGUUACGCAGCAAACCACCACAGCUGAGGGCGGUGGAAAUCAGGAAAUUUGUAUGGACGUUCACUGAACCGUAUGAAAGCCAGGGCUUCCAAAAGUUCCUGAGCCAUGUCGAGCACUUUCGCCUUUCUGUGAGAGGGGGGAACAACGGUGCGUGCUGGUGCGUGAACACGUGCGAUGGGUACCUGGAGUCCGUCGCGAGGUUCGACGAGCUGUUCUUCGACCACCUGGCGUCGGCGACGAGUCUGACACUCAGGGCCACGGACGAAGGGCCCAUCGGGUUGGAAGGGAUGCGACACGCACGCCUCGCGCUGACAAAGGAGCAAAUGCCGCUGCUCCAGUCCCUGCAUCUGGAGCACAUCUUCAUCUGCCAAGAGCUCGUCGAUUUCGUCCUCGGCCACACCGACACCCUGGAGCGGCUCACCCUGCACGACUGCCACAGCAGCGUCAACGGCUUACAGGACAACGACGGCUUCUACUGGGCCCACUUCUUCGAGACCCUGCACGGGGCAGAUCUGAAGAAGUUAUCCCACCUCGAGAUAUGCCCCGAUGACGCGCCGUUGACGUUCGAGCCCGACAGCCUCCAAAAGGAGCCGGUGUGCCCGGGCGACGUGCGGCAGAUAAGACGGGUGCCGAGCGACGUUGCGAAACGACGCGUGUUCGGGUACGCGAUGCUGGACGAUAAGUAUGGCGAGUGCUGCGACGACUCCGAGGAGAAUGGGGCUGCGUUUGAGCGGGGAGAGGACCAGGCGGCUUUUGACAGGUUGAUGAGCAAUGUCAAUGCCAACGCUGCAAAUCGGGGAGGAAAAAUUACCGAUUGGCAGGUAGCGACUUAG